AUGCAUGAGCAGUUUGAAACAUGUGCUGAUCGACGUUCCUUUGUUUUUUACAGUGUCGGGAAGACGUCGUUUCUCUUCCGCUAUGCAGACGACUCUUUCACUUCAGCCUUCGUCAGUACCGUCGGCAUCGACUUCAAAGUCAAGACGGUGUUUAGGAACGACAAGCGAGUCAAGCUGCAGAUAUGGGUGAAUACUCACUCUCACAUGCUGUGCCCGUGGCUAGCACGCAGCCAAUCGUUUGAUCCUCGCUUUUUGAUUCCGUUCUCACGUGUUGAUUCCGUUCUCAUGUAUGCACACACACACACACGGACGCACACACCUCUAACACAUCCUCUCCCCCCACGCAGGUCGACGCAGAUCAAGACCUACUCGUGGGACAACGCGCAGGUGAUUCUCGUCGGCAACAAGUGCGACAUGGAGGACGAGCGCGUGCUCUCGCACGACCGCGGCCGCCAGCUCGCCGACCAGCUUGGCGUCGAGUUCUUCGAGACGUCGGCGAAGGAGAACGUCAACGUGAAGCAGGUCUUCGAGCGACUCGUCGACAUCAUCUGCGACAAGAUGUCGGAGAGCCUCGACACAGAUCCGACGAUUGUGAGCGCGGCGAAGGGAGCGCGCCUCACAGAGAACCCCGCCGCGCCGCAAAACAGCACCUGCCAGUGUUAGUCCGCAGCCGGCGGCGGCGGCGGCGGGGGCGGGGGACCCGCGAUCGCUCGGUUUUCGCGCUUCGGCCCUCGCUGCACGGCGGCACUGGCGUCUUUGGAGAGAGGCGAGUGCUGCCGUGUGCCACGACUAGACAAGUGCUGCCAUCUUUCAGUCAGGGGUGGCAGGUGCUGCCACCUGUCACGAUUAGGAGAAUGCUGCCACCUUUCAGUCAGGACUAGACGAGUGCUGCCAUCUGUCACGACUAGUAGAGUGCUGCCAUCUAUCACGUUUAGGUGGGCGCUCUCUCUCACUCGUGUCUUCAGAAGUGCCUGUUUGGCGCACGCUCCCCAACCAAGAGCUGGUCGAGGGAGGUCCGUUCUGGGUGGAAGUGACAUUCUCAUCAGCUCUGGAUUGACUUCUUCAUUUUCGAAUCUACAAAUCAUGUCUGUUGAAUGGGUUUAUUCCUGAGGCUCCUUAACGUUGGACCGAAAAGAACUCGCCGUGUCUUUCUCCUGGCGGAGAGUCUACCAAAUACAGUGGUAAAACGUGCGCUAAUACAAAAGCCGCAGUUCAUCCCAAGUAUGUAAGAAGACAGGUGAAUGCAUCACUGCUUCUGUCCCUCCUCGGUUUUUUUAGGGUGUUCCCCAUCAUUACUUAGUUACACCGAAGGUUGUUGCCAUGGACCUCUUGUACGAUGUGUAUUCUCACAAGCCCGUUUCCAUGGCUACAGUGAUAUGUGCAGUGUUUUGUCACAUUUGUACAAUCGACUGCCAAAGGUGAUUCAGACUUGUUCGGAAGACAAGCGAAUACCAAAUUUACGAUAGUAACGAAGUAUUCAUUUAACGGUUAGCCUUAGUGGAAGGAUAUAGUAGUGUUUGUGCAUGAUUGCACAACCAAAGAAUGGUAACCAAACAGUUGAUUGAAAAUUGUAGAAUAGAGGUUUAUUCUGCAGCAUUGUGGUGUGAACCUCGUAUAUAUAUGACUGAAAGUGGCAAUAGUAUUUAGACUUUGGUAUUUAGUUCUCAUGUUGUAAGGUGCACGUUACACCAGGCAUUCUAUCAUUCGAUUAGCUACAUCUUAAUUUGGGAUUGUGUGAAUUUGCCUGUUGUUAGGCAAGAACCAAGGUCAGUGAAGAAAUUCAAAAGCAUCUGGAAUGAAUUAUUUAGCAUGGAAUAUGACCCUAUUCAGAAACUUUCCAUCGCAGGAAAUGAUACCACAUUUUUCAUUGCCACAGUGCGUCCAUGGUAUAACGUAGUGAUAAGUGAACGAGCAUUUCGUAAGAUUCAUGCUCACUAUAGCCUAGUUAUAAAACACAUAGUUCAUAGACUUUUGAAACUAGGUUACUUGCCUGUAGGCUUUUAUACCAAGAGGCAGAUUUUUAAAGGUAUUGUGCAUGUGCCUAGAUAAGUCAGCCACAGCCAUAUAGUUUGAAGGCACUUGUAUGCGCUCACCCUUGACUGGUUUGAGAAACAGUUAGAAUAUGUAGACGGUCAACAUACUAAUGACUUAUAGUAUGUCUUUAGUAUGCCGUGGAAGUUUUGCUGUUAUAUAGAGUACGUGCUGUUACGAACGAGGACGCGCUAGGAACUUAGCAGUAGAAAUGCGUGAGCAAUUGUGUGGACACAUUUGCACAUGUUAAUCGUUAUUGUACGACAAUACCAAAAAAAUGUAUAGUGGCACUGCCAUGACGUCGCUCGUCGUGGUGUGUUGGUUUUCUAGAAGUACGGUGGUCCGUCCCCGUUUUAUCGGGCCUCGGUUAAACGGGCGCAAGCGUUAAACAACACAUGUAUUUGUACAACAAUCCUUACGCGCUUUGUGUGUGUUUCCCACUUAAUUUCGGGGGACAUUGUCAUGGCUCUUCGGACAAAGCGCGGACCACUGUAUUGAAAUUAAGACCGAAUAGAUGCAUCUACUAAGCAUAUAUAUAUAUAUAUAUAUAUAUAUAUAACGUUGCUGUCACAUUGAUUUGUCAAAUUUUUAUUCUAGAAUUUACCGUCUCGCACGAGAUUUUUUCUUGGUUAUUUUGACGGACUGUGUGCUCGGGUUCCCAUAUCGCGUGCUAAAUGUUGUUUAGUGGCGUCAGUGCAGCGGUAAUAUGAACGUUUGAAAACGUAGCACAAGAUAGCUAUCAUGACCCCAUAUUUGCUGGACCCACUGUGUACCUACCUAUUCAGGUAACAUAUGUACUUGUCCAGUCUUUAUUACCCGUAAGUUUAAAGCUGUACACUCGUGCUUUAUUUUCAACUAGUUUGUUAUUCUUGUCAGGGAUGCCAACACUAGCAGGGUUCGUUUUAUUAUUUAUUUUAGAUUCUAGUGUGGAAUUAAUAUAUAUCUUGUGCGCGUGGACAUGGUUUUAGAGGCCGCGUCUUGUUUGCUAUGAAUGUGUGAAGUCACGACCAGAAGUGGUAACGAUAUAGUGGCCCCACCUAGUGUCAGGUUUCUAUGAAAUUCUAUUCCGAAUUUGCUUGCGUCCGGCAUGUAUGUGCGGACGGUGCACACACUAUUUCGACGCUAGCAGCUCUUGUGGAUAAUGUUUUCCUGUUUGUAAUAGCUGAAUUGAGUGCAGAACCGCUAAUAACGUACCCAGAUUAUUCGCCAGAUAUGGGUGACACAUUAGGCUAGGUCUAUAACUACCCAUUAUCCUUAACAAACAAACAAACUAACUAACUAACUAACUACUCGUGCACAAGUCUGCUCUGUGUCUGUUACAAUCCCGUUACAGGAUCUGACUAAAUAUAAAGACACGAUAUAUGUAAGAUACAUAUAUGUGCAUCAGUGUGUCACACACAUACUGCCAACCAACUAUUCGUCUAAUGCAGCUAUUGGAGGUGUUAAUGUUAACACGCUCGAGACAGUCCUCCGCUGAGAGAAUGGGAGCAUUACAGUCAUUCCCAGAUAUUUGAAUCCAAAGUAACAUUCCAAAGAAUAUUUAUGUAUAAUUUGCGCGUAUUUAAUUUGAGUCGACGAAUUGUCAAACGAGUCAUCGUCGGCCGAUAUUUUACAGAGUUCUAUUUAUUUUGGACGGAUGCGAGUCACAGAGUGUUUGCGUGUUUAAUUUCCAUGCGGCUCUGUGCUCUCUACUGCAUCUCAUAGGUAGCAUUGAUGUACUUGAUGCUGUGUUCGAACGACACCAGGCCAUAAAUCGAUUGUUGCAAUAAAGGUAUACACGUAGUGAAAACUGUUUAA